AUGGGAGAAAAUGAGGGAUGGGCUGAGUCAGGUGGGCCAUUGCCAAAUGGGCUUUUGCCCGGGGCUGGACCAGUGUUGCGGACCCUUGAUUCAGAACGAUGGUCGAGAGCAGAGGAUAGGACUGCUGAGCUCAUUGCCUGCAUUCAGCCCAACCAGCUUUCUGAGGAGCGUAGGAAUGCUGUCGCAGAAUAUGUACAGCGGCUCAUUACAAAGUGCUUCCCAUGCCAGGUCUGCACCUUUGGUUCUGUACCAUUGAAGACUUAUCUGCCUGAUGGUGACAUCGAUUUGACUGCUUUCAGUCAUGAUCAGAAUUUGAAAGACAACUGGGCCAAUCAGGUUCGAGAUAUGCUACAGAAUGAGGAAAAGAAUGAGAAUGCUGAAUUUCAUGUGAAGGAGGUUCAGUAUAUCCAAGCAGAAGUGAAAAUAAUUAAAUGUCUUGUCGAAAAUAUUGUGGUGGAUAUAUCUUUUAAUCAAGUUGGUGGGCUGUGUACUCUCUGUUUCCUUGAUGAGGUUGAUCACCUAAUAAAUCAGAAUCAUCUGUUCAAACGUAGUAUUAUCUUGAUCAAAGCUUGGUGCUAUUAUGAAAGCCGAAUAUUGGGUGCUCAUCAUGGUCUCAUAUCUACCUAUGCCUUGGAGACCUUAGUUCUUUACAUCUUUCACGUGUUCAACAAUACCUUUCAUGGACCUCUUGAGGUUCUUUAUCGCUUUCUGGAGUUCUUCAGCAAUUUUGACUGGGACAAUUUUUGUGUCAGCUUAUGGGGGCCUGUACCUAUUAGUUCCCUACCCGAUAUGACUGCGGAACCUCCUCGAAAGGACAGUGGAGAGCUGCUACUUAGCAAGUUGUUUCUUGAUGCUUGUAGCUCUGUGUAUGCUGUUUUCCCAGGUGGCCAAGAAAAUAAUGGACAACCAUUUAUUUCAAAACAUUUUAAUGUGAUUGAUCCAUUACGUGUCAACAACAAUCUUGGACGUAGUGUGAGUAAAGGUAAUUUUUUUAGAAUCCGAAGUGCAUUUGCUUUUGGAGCUAAAAGACUGGCCAGAUUACUUGACUGCCCAGAAGAAAACUUGAGUUUUGAAGUUAAUCAGUUCUUCAUGAACACAUGGGAUAGGCAUGGCAGUGGUCAUAGGCCUGAUGCACCUGGGGUCGAUUCAUGGCGCACGGGAUUACCAACUCCAGGCGUUCAUCAUGAAAAUAGUAAUUCUGGUAAUAUCUUGAGUAGGAACAAUGUAAAUCAAAACAAAACUUCUUCUCUCCAUGGGACGGAGGACAGGGUCACUCAUGGUCAUGGUGUAGCCUCUCGCACGAAAAGUCUGAAAAGUCAAACCUCAAACAGCUCCGGUGCCUCUGAUCAAAUCCGAAGAGACAAUACUUCUGAUUGGGUGUUGGUCAAUGAGGAGUCUCAGGGAGGUCCUAAGGCUAAUCGCGGGCUGAAUGAUGUUCAUGGCCGGUUACUUGCUCGUACGUCCUCUAGUCCUGAACUUACUGUUGCAUACAAUGACUUCCCUUCCCAAACACGGCACAACAGGAAACCGGAAGCAAUAAACACUCAAGUCCCAUCCAAACAGAGCCUCGAUAUGCAUGCUGAUGGUUUGGCUGAGGAGUUCCAGUCCACCAGUGGUGGAAUGAACCAGGAAGAACAAGAUAUCGUGAACAUGAUGGCGUCCGCCUCACUUCAAGGUCUAAACGAGCAAUUUCACAUUCCAUUUAAUUUAAACUCAGGCCCCUUGCCUUUCUCUAUCCCACCAUCUUUCCUGGCCUCAAUGGGUUACGCUCAACGAAACUUUCCAGGAUUUGUUCCGGCGAAUAAUAUUCCGCUGUUCGACCCAUCGUUUUCAAAUUUGCAAUUUCAUCCUAAUCUACUUUCGCCUCGUUAUUUUCCUGGUGCUGGGGUGGCUUCUCCUUCAGAAGCUCCAGUCGAGCAAGGCAAUGAUAAAUUUGGCUCUGCGGAGGUCAUGAUUCAUGAGGAGCUCGACAAUGAUUUCUGGCACGAGCAAAAUGUCGGAUAUAACCCUGAGAAUGGAAAAUCCAAAAUGUCUGAUGAUAAACGGCCGGCGUCGGUUUCUGGUUUGAAAUAUAUUCCCCCACAUCGAUUGAAUAGCUCUGAUAAGGCUAGCAGAGUUGAGCAGAAACAUCCGAGGGAAAAACAUGGCCCGGCCCGGCAAAAUACUGGGAGCAUUUCCAUCCAGGAUGAUAGGAUCAGUGAGAUUUAUGCAGAAGAAAGAUCGGUAAGUUCAAGAUUUUCGACAGCAACUCAUAGCAACUCUUUGAGGAGUAGGGCCUCUUCAGAAAGCUCCUGGGAUGGAUCAUCAGCUAAAACACCUAAAUCUACGAAAGAAAGACGUGGAAAGAAAAUAUUACCGUCUGCAGAAUUAGCUAGUGGCCAUACCGGCAUCGGGAAAGGCAAAGUGAUGUCUGACCAUAUGGCUAAUCAGCUGGAGAAUGAGAAUGCCGAGACACUGGAAAGAAAUUAUGUGCCUGAGUCACUUUCUUCUCUACAGAUCCCAUCUCAGAACAUGUCUUCUGGCUUUGAGGUUGCUCGGGUGAGUGGGCCAGACUCGGUGAUGCCUUUUGCCCCAAUGCUUGUUGGUCCCGGUGGCUCAACACAAAGAAUGAACGACAAUUCUGGGCUGGUUGCAUUUUACCCCACUGGGCCUCCAAUACCAUUCCUAACAAUGCUGCCAGUGUACAAUAUUCCACCAGAGACGAGUACUUCUGAAUCAUCAAGUGGCCAUUUUGUAGGCGAUGACACCUUGGAGAACAGUGAUUCUGGUCACAACCUUAGUCCCGAAGGAUAUGAUCACCUGGAGGAUUUAAAUCCUUUAAAUUCCUUGAGAGCGACAGCUACUGCUGAAACCUCAGAGAAGAAAAAACCUGAUAUUUUGAAUAGUGACUUUGCCAGCCAUUGGCAGAAUUUACAAUUCGGGAGAUUCUGUCAGAACCCACAACACAACGGGGGCCCGUUAAUAUAUCCUUCGCCUGUCAUGGUCCCACCUGCUUAUCUGCAGGGUGGACGAUUUCCAUACGAUAGUUCUGGUAGACCUUUUUCUGCCAAUACAAACCUUUUCUCGCAGCUUAUGACGAGUUAUGGUCAACGCCUGGUCCCUGUGGCUCCUCUCCAGUCAGUCUCCAAUAGACCUUAUAUUUAUCAAAACUACAUGGAUGGUAUGCCAAGAUUCCGCAGUGGGACUGGGACUUACCUGCCUAAUCCUGUUCCCAUCAGGGAGCGAAACUCGUCUAGUACAAGAAGAGGAAAUUAUAGCAACUAUGAUAGAAAUGAGAACUAUGGUGACAAAGAGGGAAACUGGAACUCGAAUACAAAAUCUCGAGGUUCUGUACGAAACCAUGGCCGCAGCCGAAGUGAUAAGUCAAAUUCCCGAACUGACCGUUUGACUUCUGUCGAGAAUCGAGCUGACCAUUCAUGGAACUCAUACAGGCAUGAAGCCCUCCCUUCUUAUCAACCACGUAAUGGACAGUUGAGCUCAAGCUUUAAUCAAAAUGUUCCUCAGACAAUGGCAUACAACAUGUACCCGUUAUCAGCUACAAAUCCCAACGGAGUUACUAAUGGGCCCUCUGUACCACCUUUCAUGAUGCUCUAUCCUUUUGACCAUAAUAAUGCUGUUCACGGUGAGCAGCUUGAGUUUGGUUCUCUGGGCCCAAUGGAUUUGCCGGGUAUUGAUGAGCACUUACAGCUGAAUGAGGGGACUCGAGCCAGGAUGUUUCAGGAACACAGGAUUCAUGGGGGUUCUGACCACCAUUCUUCACCAGAUCAACCAUCUUCUCCACGCCAGCAGAGGAGGGGUUGA